CCUUCGUCGCCCUCUCCUCUGCUCAAAUCUCUCUCUUUGUUCUGAAAAAGAGAAAGUGAAAGGCGAAACCAAAAACAGAGAAAGCUCAAUCAAUAUCUACCCUCGAAUCGCGGAAUCUGCUGCAACAGAAGCUGUGUGGAGCAGACGCAAGGUAUCCGAUGAUGCUUCCUAUAUGAAUCUUAGAUCUGUUCAUUCACCCUUUUUCUCCGAGAAAAUUUGGAAGUUUCUCGAGAAAGUGCGUUUUCUUCUUCUUCUUAUCCGAGUUGGGAUGAAAGAUUCCUGUUUUUCCAGCUGACGAAAUCGCUUGUGGGAGUUUUUUUUUCUUUUUAAUGUUCAGCCGCGGACUGGGAAAAUGAAAAUUUUCUCGGGAAAAUUGGGUUUAUCGAUGAGGUCUCGAAGCUGAUUUUUCUUCUUCUGUCUCGGUUUCCGAGAAAUCUGAGCUGCGGAAGCUGAAAUCCUAAGUUUCUCACUCCUCGAUUUUCCCGAGAAAAUCCUUCUAACUUUGUCUUGGUUUGCGGGUUCACAGUUUUUUUUCUCCUCCCCAAAAUGACAAAACUCCAGUUUCUUGUUUCCAGCUUCCAUUUCCCCUGUUGCUUGGAUCUUUGUUCAUCCACCAUGAUUCAAAUGGACGGUGGCGAUAGGAUUAGGGUGACGUUGUUGGAUCAGUUAUCGACGGUGGAGAGUCGCCGGAGCUUGACACUUGAAGCUGUCCUCAGAGCCGACAAGAGGGCGACGCCGCCGCCACCGCCACCGCCGACGUCGUCUCCUCCUUCUCCGCCGCCGCCUGAAACGACGGCGGGGAACCACGCGAAUCGGACCCUUCUCGACGUAAUGCGCGACGAGAACCGCAACGGCCACGGCCAUGGCCGGGACAAGACGGCGUGGAAGUCUCUCCGGGAAAAGCUCCGGCUAAAGCGCAGUAGUGCCGCUGUAUGUACAUCAACAUCGCCGAGUCGUCUUAUCCCGACCUCGGAUACAUCUAUCCCAAGAGAGGAUAACCUUAUUCCGGAUGACAACCGGUUCAACCCGCUCGGUUUACUCCUCUUGUCUAACUCGGAAGGGCAAUCAUCGCAUUCCCAAACCGACCAGCUCACCAACCAAAUGAGCAACAGUGCUGACGUCAGCCAUGGCGACGGCCCGACCACGGCGGUGGAGCGAGAGGGGGGGCUCCGGUUAGGCGCGGCACUGGCCGAGGAGAGAGCGUUAUCGGCCCGAGAAACGAAUACUCUGACAGUGGCGGAACCGCUGUCGGGAGAGCAGCCGCCGAGGAUGUCUUUGAUGGAGUUGCUGGAGGAGCACGAAGGGCAAAUGGGUGUCGCCGGAAUUUACGACGUCGGAUGGGAAGAAGAUGAGAGGGACGGCGGAGGAGCGGCGGCGGCCAUGGCGGCGGAGAAGGGAUGCUGUGUUUGCAUGAUAAGGAGCAAAGGGGCGGCGUUUAUUCCCUGCGGUCACACCUUUUGUAGGCUGUGUUCUAGAGAAUUGUGGGUUCAAAGAGGAAACUGUCCUCUCUGCAAUGCCUCCAUUUUAGAAAUUCUUGAUAUUUUUUAGUUUCUUUCUUUCUUUCUUUUUUUUAAUUUUGUUUUCCCUUUUGAUAAUUUUUUAGGGUUUUUUUUUUUGGUUUUCAUUGUUUCCUCCAUUGUAAUGGGAAUGAAGCUCUGUAAAGAAAAACACUGGAAAAAAACAUAUCUCUUCCUCCUA